AUGACAGUGGCAAGGAAACGCGCCAACUCUGCUUUUAUGGACGGCAAGAUAUAUGUCAUUGGAGGAACAGUUGAGUCAUCAUCCUCCCUGACUUGGGCUGAGGUUUUUGACCUAAAGACUCAGACUUGGAAGCCUUUGCCUAGACCUGCUAAUGAUUACGCUCGUAAAGUUGAGAUUCGUAGAGGAAAAUUAUAUGUUAGAAGUAAGCUUAAAGAGUAUUUAUAUGAUUCAAAGGAUGGGAGAUGGAAGGAGCUUCUAAAGUUGGGUAAGUUUGGACAUUGUUGCGUUAUAGAAGAUAUAAAGUUUGGUGUACAUCAUGACGGUAAGGUCGGUUGGUAUGACUCAGAGCGUAGAAAAUGGUCCAUGGUUAAGGGUUUGGAAGAUCAUCGUUUUCGCUAUCCUACCAUUCGGUUAGCUAACUAUGGUGGGAAACUCAUAAUUGUAUGGGACUACCGCCCACCGCCACGGUACGUUACAGUGAAGAGGACGAAGGGCUGUAUUAGGCGUACUUUUCGCUGCGAAAGAAAGCGUAUUGUUUCCUACCAAACAAAGCGUAUUCGCUGUGAGGUGAUAAGGUUCGAGAAGCGCAUUGGCUUUUCUGGAUUACAAAUUUGGGGGAAGAUUGAACGGUCAAAUGUUGUGCUUAGAGUCCCCGAUUCAUUUAAGGUCUUCAGCUGUAUCAUCCUUUGA